UCCACUCGCGUUCCCUCUCUCUCUCUCUCUCUCCCCCCACACGUACACAUGCGUUAAAUCCAAACCACGCAUCACACCUUCGUACGGUAGCCCUCCUCUAGGUCGAGCGUUUCCCUCUCGCUUAUUGCGGUCGCUAUGUCGAGUGUUAGAAACGGAUAUCUCCCCCAUUUGAGGAGAACGAGGUGGACUUUUCUCUGAACUUCGUUCUGUCUCCUGUUUCAUCUGUCACGAACUCUCACGGUGUGUGAGGCCGUGCCCCUCAGCUCUGGAUGUGCGCUGCCACCAUGGCCAAACACGAGAGCGGCGGUGGCAGCCCGGUGGUGCGUCAGAUAGACAAGCAGUUCCUGGUGUGCAGCAUCUGCCUGGACCGCUACCACAACCCCAAGGUGCUGCCCUGCCUCCACACCUUCUGUGAAAGUUGCCUCCAGAACUACAUCCCCCCCGAGUCUCUGACGUUGUCCUGCCCGGUGUGCCGUCAGACGUCCAUCCUGCCGGAGAAGGGAGUGUCUGCGCUGCAGAACAACUUCUUCAUCACCAACCUCAUGGAGGUUCUGCAGAGAGACCCCGAGUGUUCCCGGGAGGAGGACUGCCCCGCCGCCGGCGGGACGCCCCUGAGCUGCCCCAACCACGAGGGCAAGGUGAUGGAGUUCUACUGCGAGUCGUGCGAGACGGCCAUGUGUCUGGACUGCACGGAGGGGGAGCACCGCGAGCACGUCACCGUCCCCCUACGGGACGUCCUGGAGCAGCACAAGGCGGCGCUGAAGGACCAGCUGGAUGCCAUCCGUGGCAGACUCCCCCAACUGACGGCGGCCAUCGAGCUGGUGACGGAGAUCUCCCGGCAGCUCACGGAGGGGAAGAACCAGGCGGUGGCCGGGAUCAGCAGUACCUUCGAUGACCUGGAGAGGGCGCUACAGCAGCGCAAGAACGCCCUGAUCACUGACCUGGAGAACAUCUGCAGCUCCAAGCAGAAGGUGCUGCAGGCCCAGCUGACCUCCCUCCUGCAGGGGGCAGAGCACAUCCAGAGCAGCUGUGGCUUCACAGAGCAGGCCCUCAGCCACGGGAGCUCCACGGAGGUGCUGCUGGUGCAGAAGCAGAUGAGCGAGCGUGUCACGGCGCUGGCGAGACACGACUUCCCAGAGAAACCGCAUCAGAACGCACACCUGGACUGUCAGGUGGAGACGGACGGGCUGCGCCGCUCCAUCCAGAACCUGGGGGUCCUGAUCACCACGGCAGCCGUGGCCCACACCUCGGUGGCCACCGGGGAGGGCCUGCGCCACGCCACCGCGGGGGUGCCACAGAGCGUUACCGUGACGACCAAGGACAAGGACGGGGAGCUGGUGCGGACGGGCAACGCCCUCCUGCGGGCGGAGAUCACCUCGGCGGGCGACGGCGUUGCCGCGGCCGACGCCGAGGUCACGGACAACAAGAACGGCACGUACGAGGUGGGCUACGUCCUGCGCGCCGAGGGGGACUUCCUGUUCAGCCUGGCGCUCUACGGCCAGCCCCUCCGCGGCAGCCCCUUCCGCCUGCGGGCCCUCAAGCCCUCCGACGUGCCGCAGUCCCCCGACGACGUGAAGCGCCGCGUCAAGUCCCCCAGCGGCACCGGGGGCCACGUGCGGCAGAAGGCGGUGCGCCGGCCCUCCAGCAUGUACAGCACCACCAAGAAGAAGGAGAACCCCAUCGAGGACGAGCUCAUCUACAGAGUAGGUUCAAGAGGCAGAGAGAAGGGCGAGUUCACCAACCUCCAGGGCAUCUCAGCCUCAAGCAACGGCAGGGUGGUGGUGGCAGACAGCAACAACCAGUGCAUACAGGUGUUCUCCAACGACGGGCAGUUCAAGAUGCGGUUCGGGGUGCGGGGGCGUUCCCCGGGGCAGCUCCAGAGGCCUACGGGUGUGAGCGUGGACCUGAACGGGGACAUCGUGGUGGCGGACUAUGACAACCGCUGGGUCAGCAUCUUCUCAUCGGACGGCAAGUUCAAGAACAAAAUCGGGGCGGGGCGUCUCAUGGGGCCGAAGGGCGUGGCCGUGGACAGGAACGGACACAUCAUCGCCGUGGACAACAAGGCCUGCUGCGUCUUCAUCUUCCAGUCCAACGGGAAGCUGGUCAACAAGUUCGGAGCGCGGGGGACGUCCGAGAGGCAGUUUGCAGAAAAACUUGGCCCAAUUGUAAAUAAGUCAGUCCCAGUUUUCAGUCCGCACUUUGUGGCUGUGAACAACAAGAACGAAAUCAUCGUGACUGACUUCCACAAUCACUCUGUGAAGGUGUACAACGCGGACGGAGAGUUCCUCUUCCGGUUCGGCUCCCACGGGGAAGGGAACGGCCAGUUCAACGCGCCCACCGGCGUGGCCGUGGACGCCAAUGGAAACAUCAUUGUGGCCGACUGGGGGAACAGCAGAAUACAGGUCUUUGACAGCACAGGUUCUUUCCUGUCCUACAUCAACACGUCUGCGGACCCCCUGUACGGGCCACAGGGCCUGGCGCUCACCUCGGACGGGAACGUGGCCGUGGCCGACUCCGGCAACCACUGCUUUAAGGUCUACCGCUACCUGCAGUGAGGCUGAGCGUAGCGGAGGACAGUGCACGUCAGCGGAGGACAGUGCACGUGAGCGGAACUUUCUCGUGCACGUCGGCGGAGGACAGUGCACGUGAGCCAAACUCUCUCGUGCACGUCAACAUCACUCUCGUGCACGGGAGUGGAACUUUCUCGUGCACGUGAACAGAACUCUCUCGUUGCACGUGAGCGAAGGACAGUGCACGUGAGCCGAACUCUCUCGUGCACGCGAACGGAACUCUCUCGUGUACGGGAGCGGAACUCUGUCGUGCACGUGAACCGAACUCUCUCGUUGCACGUGAGCGGAGGACAGUGCACGUGAGCCGAACUCUCUCAUGCACGCGAGCGGAACUCUCUUGUGCACGUGAGUGGAGGACAGUAAACGUGAUGGGAAUUCUCUCGUGCACGUGAACAGAACGCUCUCGUGCACGCGAACAGAACGCUCUCGUGCACGUGAGCGGAACUCUAUCGUGCACGUGACGUUCCAUGGCUAGAUCUCCCAAAUCCCGCCUCUGCACCAAUAUCGCUUAGGAGAACCCCCUAAAAGGUUGCGCUGAGAUUCCUCUUGACUUUUGUUCAACUGCCGUUCUAUUUAGCGUAUUCUAUCUUCAAUCUACAACCAAUUGUUCUGAAGUUGUAAACUUUUAAGUCACACACUAUCGAUAACUUUACAAAGCGGCGGGGAGUUGCGCUUGGAACGCCGUGCAUUCUGGGUAAUGCUUUCGAUAAUCUUAAAGGCUAUUGCUUGGCUGGAGGACAGACAUAGCAGUCUCCUGGUUAUGUGUUACUGGCGAUAAUAUAUUUUACCACAGCAACCUGCAAUACAGUGUGCUACCUUUACUGGUCAUAACUCUUCAGAACGGCCUGAAGAGAUGAACCCAUACUGGCCAAGGUUUAAUAUCAAGCUACCAUAGCCAUAGCCAUGAAUAUCCCGAGUCUAAAGAACUGACGUAUCAAAUAAGGACAUGAAUCAUAUGCCUUCAUGUGCUAAGUGCAUCCUUGGUUACCAAUCAAACUUUGGUGUUUAAAAUGAACUUUUAACGAUCGCCUUUCCUAUAUGGCCCAGAUUCCCGGAGUACACAAAAUCCAGAUUUCCCUUUUCUACGCUGUUUCUGAAUCCUUUCCAUUCAUUCCAAUGAGACGCAGGCAAAGAUUACAACAAGGAUUCAUCCUCUAUCAGGCUCUUUUAUGACUUUAACCAAAGCCCCAUCCCACCACCCCCAAACCUUAUCAACAUAGUAUAAUAUCCUACAUUAUGGUUGUAUUGUAUAGCUCUAGUUCCACACACCGAUUCGUAAGAAUCUAAACCAGACAUCUAGACAAUCGGAUUGCCCUUACACAUAUUAUAUAUAAUUAGACAGAUUUAAUUGUUGUCAGUUUACUUCUGAAGAUAAAAUAGGUUGUCUUUUUUGUCCUUCAUCUCUGAACAUCUCCACUCCCAUUGUUGUCUGCGGAAAAGUGCCAGGCCUCAAUGUAAAUAGAUUAGGAGUCAUUCACAUCCCCCUGGUCUGUGGCGUGGUCCUUUCUAGAACCUCAGGGUUGGUAUACAUAGGCCUACUCAAUAAAUAUAUAUAUAUAUAUAUACAUAUAUAUAUGUGUAUAUAUAUAUAGGGCCAAGGUUAGUUCCCUAUAUAACGCAUAUAUAACACACUGUAGUAUAUCAAUACAAUACAUUCAGCGGUAGUAGGCAGCUGUUUAAAGUAGGAAACAUCAAGAAACACAUUAUAAAUGUGUCAUUGCGCUGUAUGAUUUUCAAAAGGAAUUGUAUUUAUUUUUUAGAUUUUCUUUUCUACAUGAUUUCCUCGAAAUGUAUUUUUCUAAAGGGUGCAUUUUGACCUCGCAUUCUCUCCUCUUUGCCAACCAACUGUUGACGGUCCCUGGAGAACGACAGCACCACCUAGUGUUGGGGAUCCUUUCAACGUGCUCACAUUAAGACCAACAGUCACUUACCGCUGCCAAAAUGUGUUGUUGUACGUCGUUGUCGAACGUUGCACAAAGAUAAUGAGAAAAAAGGUUAGAUAGUUUACAAGAGUAAUAUAUGGAUUUGUGUGUAUUUAUCAUCCACACUUCUUUUGACUGUAACGUAUUGUGUGUCGCAAAACGUGCGGUCCUAAUUGUAGACAGGCACUUUGGGACACAACCGUGCGCUGUGUGUUUACUUCGUGUUCGUUUGGUCUUUCGCUUUAUACUCACAUCUAACUCCGCGGUUGCCUCACUUUUUGCUUACAUCCUGCGUUUUUAGGGGCUUUUCAUUCAGCCGUCACAAACUCAACAUGCAUCUGCUUCCCUAAAGACGCGUUCACACCAAAAAAGGGGCGGGGAAAAGCCAUAAAAAGUUAAACGCGUCUUUGCAAAUACAUCAAACACGUUCACAGAGGCAAACUUUUCACCCGAAAAUGUGCGGAUUGAUGCAAGGUGCAGCUCAAACACCCAGGUUCACACUGAUUUUGUGUGAUUCUACUCGCGAGAACCCUUCGCUCGAGUGGAAAUAUUUAAACUUUUCCGCGUAUUUCGCCUGAUGCUGGGUCGUCUCGUCACAGCCAAUCAGCGUUCACUCCCUGAGCUGAGGUCCAGAGUGAACCGCAGCAUGGAGGAGAAAGUUAUUGUUGCUGUUUGCGACUCCCGUUGCUCUAUAUCUAUGUGAUAUAUUAUAUAAUAUCACGGUCAAAAGCGGAUGAUAUUAUGAAUCUUAAACGACUGCGUCAGGUUCUCCGACGUCUCUUGUACUUCCAGAACGUUAAGUAAAUGCUCAUAGUGGUUUAUUAUCUUGGCCAUGGUUGUGAUUUAAUUGCCGAAAUAAAACGUAGUUGGUCAUAAGAGGAAGUCCCUCCUAUUACACUAAGGCAAGUAAAUCCAACUCAUGCAAAUCCCUCGAGCGAGUACAAUUUUUCUACUCGCGCGAGCAAACUCAGACUUUGUUUUUGGUGUGAACGCACGAUAAGGGAUUAUGGUGCGUUCCAGAGCCCAUACAAACCUGUGGGCCGUGGGACUUAUCCUACCUCCAAAUAAGAAAAGUGCACUGGAAUGCCUGUCUAAGUGGAACAUCCCACCGUCGAAGUGGAACCUCAUACUAGCGAACUGGGGGGUGAUCGACCUAUCACCAAGGAGCUAGUACAGUUCAGGUAGGAUAAGUCCCACAUCCCAUUGCUUUGGAUGGGCUCUGGAACGCACCAAUAGUCCUGGUUUGCUUGUGGCUAUGAACCAAUAAACAGGACCUUAAAGAUGGGGCAACACUGCUGUAGCUCCUUGGGUUAGCUGUGCAGGCUACAGAGCACUAUGAUAUAGACUGCUAAGUUAAUCACAUGCACCUGUUUACAUUAAAGUUCUGAUUGCAGAAACUGGUUACCAUCUAGUUUCUACAACCUUUGUAAAAUCUAGUCAAGCUAAUCAAUUUCUUUGUUUAAUUAAUAAAUAAUCUUGAGUUUUUUCGUUUUGCAGUUCUAAAUAUCAACGGUUGGCCCAUGUAUUAUCUUUUUUUCCAUCAGUCCAUAUCUUUAAUCAUCACUGAUUUACCGACACAGAUAAAAGGUAUCAUCAUGGAAAUAGUAUUUACUUACAUGACUCACAAUUACAUGAAAUACUCAAUAUGUCUACUUACUGCAAGGAUAUUGUUGUAAAUAUUAAAGAAUUACACUAUGAA